AUGUCGCUCUUUCUCUGUGUCGACUGCGGGGGCAGCAAGACGAAUGCUGUUAUAUGCGACGCCAAAGGCAACAUCGUCGGUCGCGCGCUGGGUGGACCGUCUAAUGCAUCGUAUCUGAGUGUUAAGGACUUCACCUCCGCCAUUCGUAUGACAGUCAGCGAUGCACUCAAGACGACUACCAGCCCACCCUCCAUCGAGCCUGUUCCCCUUCCCCCUGUUGGCGACACACCAUUCGCCGCUGCCUGGUUUGGCGUUUCAGGACUCGAUUCACCUAUGGCCGUUGCUGAGGUCAUCCCUAUCCUCUCCAACCUCCUGGGUAUUCCAGCCGGGCCCAGACUAUCAGUUGCAAACGACACAAUUCUCCUCGCCGCCCCGGUCCGCCUUCACCCUGAUAUCAAGCAUGCAGUGGGUGUUAUCUGCGGAACUGGGUCUAUUGCCGUUUCAUUUGAGGAAACGGAGACAGGCUUUAACGAAUUAGGCCGUGUUGGCGGCUGGGGCUGGAUUCUGGGUGAUGAAGGUGGCGGAUUCCAUGUUGGGCGAGAAGCCAUUCGUCAGAUGGUCGCUGAAACGGACGCGGCGUCUGUCACCGGCGCGCCACCACCAGAGAGUGUGAUGACCAAGCUUAUCCUGGGGCGAUUUGGGUUGGACUCUGUGUUGGACAUCCUUGGCGCUGUCCACGUCCCUGACCCCAACCCGUCCGUUAUCAACCCGCAGCAUCUCCCCCAAUUCACUAUGCUCCGCGAGAAACGGCUUUCGUCGCUUGCUCCUUUGGUCUUCACUGCCGCAUUUGAGCACGACGAUCAGCUCGCUUUGCGCGUUCUCAAGACCACAUCGAGUAUAUUCGCUGCCCAGAUUGCGACUAUCUUGGGUGACAAGGACGAAAAACGACCAAAACUCGUCAAAGCGCAGGAUGCGGUUCUUUCCCUGGGAGGAUCUUUGGUGGGAAUCGAGGCAUACAGAAAUCUUCUGCUUGAAGCACUUGCAGCCAAGGGCCAUGUCUUUCGCUAUGUCGAGUUUGUCGAUGACGCUGCAGCAACCGGGGCAGUAGGUCUCGCAAGUUCUUUCAAGGGGCAGUAG